AUGUUAUCGUUGAAAUUGCCAGGUCCAAUUGUAACACAUGAUUGGUUAAUGUCUAAUUUUGACCGGGUAAAAAUUAUUGAUGGAAGCUGGCAUUUACCGUCAGAAAAUCGAAAUGCAAAAGCUGAAUUUGAACAAAAACGAAUUAAAGGAGCUAGAUUUUUCGAUAUUGAUGAAGUAUCUGAUCAUUCGACUGAUUUACCACAUAUGCUACCAUCUGUUGAACAAUUUUCAUCUUAUGCUAGUCAACAAGGUAUAAAUGAACAGGAUUCUAUCAUUAUUUAUGACACAAAAGGUUUAUUAAGCUCGGCUAGAGUUUGGUUUACAUUUCGUGUUUUUGGUAUUGAUAACGUUGCUGUUCUUAAUGGUGGACUACCAAUAUGGUUAAAAUAUAAUUUACCAACUGAGUCUGGUGUACUGGAACCCAAAACAGCAACAAAAUUCUCAGCAAAACCCAAGUGGUAUUUUGUUAAAUCAAUGAAGCAAAUGAGAGAAAAUUUGUUAAUAUCAAAAUUUCAAGUAAUAGAUGCACGAUCUACUGGUCGAUUUAACGGUUCUGAAUUGGAACUUCGUCCUAAUUUACCAUCGGGUCAUAUUCCAAAUUCAUUGUCAAUUCCAUAUAAUCAACUCGUAUCAAAGUCUAAUUCACAUCAGAUCCCAAUGUUAAAAGAUGAUAAAGCUUUAUUAUCACUAUUCCAUUCCCAGGGUGUCAAAAUCGGUAAUCAAUGUUCUAUUGUUGCAACGUGCGGCUCUGGUAUUAGUGCGUGUGUCUUGGCGUUAUCAUUAGAAUUAUUAGGACAUAAAGACUGGCAGGUGUACGAUGGCAGUUGGACUGAAUGGGCUUCAAACAAAGAUAAUCCAAUUUCGAAAGGUGACAGUUGA